AUGCUUCUCAAGCUCACAGCUCUAGGAUUGCUUCAGAUUCUCCUUGUACCGACAACUGAUGUCCUCCUUACCUCCCGCGAUCGCGAAUCCGGCGCCCUCUAUUCAGAUCUUGCUGGAUCUGAAGAAUUCCUAGGAAGCCAUGUCUUGCGAGUGCCAGCUAACCAUGCUACUGCGGGAGGGAAGGAUGCGCCAAACAUGCGCGAGAGUAGAGGGAAAGCCAAGCAGUAUACUACAGUUAACGGCAGAACGGUAGUGGUUAAGGAUGCAUUUAUAUAUAGUAAUAAAGGAUUCAAGACUCUCAACCAAGCACAACUAUUAUCCGAUACGAUAUGGUACCCCGAUUCCUUGGAACCUAGACAGUGGCUGGUAUAUUAUAUUUCGAGACCUUUGGUAGGGAUAUUUGAAGAAAUAAAGAUUCCCCCGGCGAUUCUGUCUGUGCGCGCUGUAGGCACCAAAACUAUUCUUGCGCCGAAGGUUGAUACAGAUUCCGAGGGAGUUCCAGGGAGUCCUUUGCCUAGGAAGAAGGAUAUAAAAACCUUCAAUGACCUCCUCAAUAAUUUCCCGAUGAUUGCAAGGCAAAUGCAACCGGGACUAGAACGAUUGUUCAAAGAAUUCAAUACUGUUUUCGAUAAACCGCUACCUCCUCCUCCAUCUGCGACGAUAAUCCCGGAUCCUGAACCCGAUGGGCCAAUAGCAACGGCAAUGAAAAAAGCGAGGUCAAAUAGCAUGGGUUCUGCGCCAACCGCGAGAUCGAAUGGUUAUGCUGAACAACUGGAGGAUUUCUUUGCCGAGGAUGAUGAAGAUAUAAUGAGGGGCGCUUUGGAGACGGCCGUGACAGCUGCAAUAGAUUUAUUUCAGAUGGUCGAUAAGCAACAGCUGUCUCUUUUGGGUGCAACGACUGAUCUUACUGGACCGGUUGUCGAGCGUCUUAUUGAGCGCUAUGUAACUGAGCAAGUACACGACUCGGUUCUUUAUCCCCGACUGUGUGCCAUGAAGCGUCCCGAUGACCUCGAGCUAGAGUCAAAGAUUCGUCAUAUGGAGUUCGUUGACAUUUCGCAAGUUGGGAUAUCGAUUCAAGGAGGGCCUACUGGAAAACACGAAUUAACAUUGCGACUGGGGCGAGCUGUGGAAGAAUUCCGAAAGCUAGGGGUUGCUAGAAGCCCACAGCAAAUGAUGGACAUUCUGCUGUCAACUUUAAAGACGGUCACUCAAGUGACUGAUAACUCAAAAUCUGCCGGUGCAAAUGCUACGUCGGAGAAGGUCAGCACUGUUCUCACCAUCAAUGCCGAUACGCUGGUCUCUCUACUCUUAAUUGUUGUAAUAAGAUCUCAAGUGCGUUAUCUUCAAGCUCGCCUGUUAUAUAUGCGCCACUUUAUCUUCAUAGACGAUGUGGAAAGUGGUGAGAUGGGUUACGCCCUCAGCACCUUUGAAGCAGUUCUCUCAUAUCUCGCUAGAGAUUCUGGCGGGUUGAGAAAAGCUAGUAGACGAAAUUUCAAAUUGUGGGAAUCUACAAAAAAGGGAAAUAUCAAAGACAUGAUGAGCAUAAUGGAGCCGGAUAAGGAAGUUACUUCAGAUGAGGAUGCUUGUAGCAGCGAUAGUCGUGGAGAGGAAGACAACUUUGGUGGGGAGAACCCCUGGGAUAAAGUUAAUGGCCACUCGAGACAUUCUUCGAGGAAUAGUAAUCGUAGGAUAUCACAAGCAUCGACGCUGAACCAUGUGUAUCCAUUUCAAAUUUUGGAUGACGAUAACGACGACGAAGAGCGCUUACCUCCCCUUCGAAAACCCAAGCAAGUUACCAUGGAUAUGCGAAGCAUGUCUAGUAGCUCCGAAAUAUCAUUCCGGUCUAGGGCAACUACUAUAGAUUCUAUGACAAGUGGCAUUGAAGGAGAUACUUCGAUCGAGCGCUUGUCACAAACUGAGGACUCUUUUGGAGAGUCUGUGCCUAUGAUGGCCGUUCAAAACGAAAGACCCGAAUCGCUCAAGUACUUGUUCUCGUUAUACGACUACUUUCCCCCAUAUGUUGUGCUGGAAGAUACAAACAAUGAAGGCACCACACUUCUUAGUGCUGCUGUUCAGCUAGGACACACUGAACUGAUAGAUAUUAUUCUGGAUUAUGUAUAUCAGUCAGGGCCAGAAUCCGUUGUUACGAACUACCUCGCGAAACAAGACAUUCGUGGCAGAAGCGUAGCUCAUUAUUUAUUCAACGCCCCCUUUCUCAUACCUAGAGUGGGUCGGAUGUUGCCAUGGCGGCAGAAAGAUAGGAAUGGCCAAACGCCAUUGUUCGCACUUUGCCGCUCAUAUGACCAUGGAAAUUAUAGAGCUAUGGUUGAAAGCGCACUUCUUGCUGCAACAAACUCGCAGGGAGAUGGCCAGCCACUACAUAUUGACGAUCAUAUCGAUUCGAAAGGCAAUACACUUCUACAUAUCGUCAAUGAUCCUCAAGUUGCUCUUAGAAUCUUGUUACAUUGCGAUUCGGAUGUCAAUGCUACGAACGACAAGAAAUUCACCGCGCUGAUGGUGGCAAGCAAAUAUGGCAGGCUGGAGAUGGUACGAGUUCUCUUUGGUGACCCAAGAGUAGAUCUUUUUGCAAAAGAGUUGCGGGGACUCACAGCUGUUGAACUUGCGAAAGAUGACGACGUCAGGAAUCGUAUUGACGAUUUGAUUCUGUUCUCCGGCCAGCCUGCAGCAGAUGGUCGGAUAACAGCUGUCGUACGCUCGUUUUUCGUCGAAGAUGCUACCAUCCGCCUAGUAGUAAAAUCGGGAGCUCCAUCUACUCAGCAGAGCUUUACCGUAACUACUUGUAGGAGAUCCCUUACGGAUUUCGAACAUUUGGUAAAGCUACUUGCUUUAGAAAACCCAGCUUCGUGGUUGCCAUCCAUUGCCGGCAUGCGCUCGCCCUUCCAAUUCCCAUCAAAACCCUCUCGAGCCGUCUUGCGGGACAUUCAAGUCCGUCUGGACGGCCUUCUGAAGAUUCUUCUGGCUCACUCGACUUUCUCGACUCAUGAAAUGUUGUGGGAGUUUUUCCUCGUGCCUGAUAUUCAAUCAGACAUGAUGGAGCAGCGCAGCAAGCUCAAAGCGGAGACAAGAAUCGAGAAAGUCCGAGAAGAAUACGAGCCGGUAGAAGAUAUUCGUGAUGUGGAGCAGUUCAUUGAUCAUGCUCGAGACACAGUUAGAAGUGUCAACUAUUCAACAAAGAGUGUUGCGCGUAGGGCUAAUAUGGUUCGCGUCGUUUCUACAGAUUUCUACGAUGCCGCCAAUAUAGCUACAAAAGCCCUCGCCACUCUCGAUUGCAUUCCAAAAACUCACAUCUCGGCCUUGGAAUCAUAUGUGUUGACGCUUGCACCCACCUCGUCUUCACCCUAUACGACGUUUCAUUCAACGAUGCUAUCUAUACAUAGUACUAUAAUCGCUAUGUUACUUUCCCUUUCCCGGCCUACGACUCUAAUUCAACAGAUUAAUACGUCGCGGAAGUCGAUUGAGAGGUCUUACAACUCUCUGUCACGUUCCACGCGCUGGCCACUAGGUCUUCUUGACGAGACUCGUCAACGGCUCAAUGAAGAAAAAGAAGAGAAGGUUCGAAAGACGCAAGAGGAAUGUGCAGAGGUCGGAAGAGAAUUGAGAUAUACUCAACAAGUUGUCGCUUCAGAACUUGCUGGUUGGCAAGAUUUGCAUGAGAAAAUGGGGAAGAAGGCCCUGAGAGACUUGGCGAAAGGAAUGAUCAUCAGGGAAAGAACUGCAUUGGAAGGAAUGAUGCGAGCUGUUCGAAAGCUUAAGCUAGAGUCAGCAAAGCAAAUAGCUGCACCCGUGUCAAAUGGACGUGUUGAAGUCGAAGUCAAUGCUAGCGCAGUGGCUGCGGGCCCGUCGAACGACAUGGAUUAG